AUGGAUCGUCUAGCUGACGGAACUGAAAUUAAGUUUCAUGCCUAUAUCAACCUUCUCAAGGCAUGCUGGAUACUGACCGAGAUCGUCGCAAUACAUCCACAACGUACCCAUUUAGGUGCGUCUAACGAUAGACGAAACGACGACAUCCGAAAUCUCAGUCAGAUCGCGAAAGCAAGCUUGAAAAGCUUUCCUGCUUUCGACUUUCAACUCCGCGACGUCGAGAACUAUACCAUAACCAUAUGGCCCCAGUCCCGGUCUUCAAGCACGAUCACGCCUCGCCGGCAAUUUACCAUCAAUCGUGAUAGACCUAAUGUUAAUUGGCAGACUUCAAAUGGAGAAAUUCUAUUUCAGUGUUUCGCGAAAGUCCAAAUCACCCAGACCUUUGAGAACUUUGAGAAACCUCAGAAAGCUCUCGAAGAAUGUUUCCUUAUGUUGGAAGUGCCCCAACAAGGCAUCUAUCUCAACUUCAUCCUUCAAAACUUUGCCGGUCAGGAUAUCUACUCUGAUGUCCUGAACGCGAUUCUUUGGGGGUUCCAACUAUUUGGUUCAGCAUUUCACCCAGCAUCCUUGAGCGUAUCUAUGGUUCAUUCUAUUUCUGUGCUAGCUAAUUGGCCGAGUCGAAAUUGGCAAUCUCUGCUGCUUCCUGGUUAUGACAUUGGCUGCCCAUCCCAAUCAGAUUCGCCUGCGUUACUCUUAAGGGCCAUCAUUAAUGAUCUGGCCGAGAAAGGCUGCCAGGACAAGAUCUCAGGCUCGAAGUUUCUCGCCAAAGAUCUGAGCGUCGAAUUACCACCAGGCUACUCGGCUUGGAAGGUUAUCUGUUGGCACUGUGAGAAGUUCGCGGACAUCAAGCCGUUAUUUAAAGAAUUCAAUGUUCGAAAAGAUCUACACGGCUACUUGAUUCAGACCGCAUUCCUACGACUUGACCGCAGUUUCCUGAACCAGUUGGCGUGUUACAGAAACUAUGGAGAUAGAUGGCGCCCUAAUGAUAUCCUCGUUAUGGUCGAGGCCGCUCUGAGCUCAGACGAUGCCGGAUAUCUUCUAUGGAUUUUGGAACAUGUUGCUGCUAGUGUGAUUUCUGGGCAUCGGAUUGCUAUCCUCCAGUUGGUCUAUAACAGCAGACGCCUCAGCCACAUUGAUACCAUGAUACAAGUCGUCAUUCCCCGCCCAGCAGACAUUGCGGCAGCCAUCGCUUGGUAUCUGGUCUCCAGCGAUGAGCAGAGUUUUGGAGGCUUCUUACAACUGAUCGAAGACCGUGGCGGCUCUUUCAGCAGUAAGACAGCUGAAGAGGUAGAUUUCUCGGAUUUCUAUCCUACUUUUGUGGCCGGUUGUGGUCACUUGAUGGAGAGCAAAUGUUCCAAUACUCUAGGCCUUUAUCUCAGUUCUUUUGAGAGACUUGGUAUUGAUUUUCAUGGUGUUCCAGGCCAUAAAAAGACCGGCUCCUCUCAAUGGGCUAUUCUUCCGGCUCUGCUCUCUCCAGAUCCAUCAUUUCUCCGCAUUUUACUGGAACGAGAAGUCGUAGUGGCAGAUAUGGAACCUUUCAUCGUGGAGUAUAACUCAUGGACGGUGACGAAGUGUCCACCACGGCAAGACUUGAAGGAGCUAGUUCAAUACCCCCCCUCUUCAAUGCCACAUUGGCCUCUUUACUGCGCUGUUAUGCUUGUUUGCGAUACAGAAUUCCCUCAUGUACUGUGUCAACAUGGGGCAUCAUUGCAACAAGAGCGCAGGGGCACUCAAGAUCAGAAAAGCGAGACGCAAGGGAUAAUUCAUCAUCUUUCAAGCUUGUCGAGUGUGUUAGAUGCUCGACUGGAGUACAUGGAUACACUCAUGUUUUGCCAUAUACUUAUUCAUGUCGGCACCCUAGGAAAGCACUGGCCUUCAAGAAAUACGAACAAUUUCAGUGCAACUGAUAAGACGACGGACUAUGAAGAGACUUGGAGGUGUAUGGAGCGCCUUUUGUAUCGCGAUAGCUUCUUCUCUGACUGUUUAUGUCCAUGUGGCUAUGCCUUUAAAGGUGACUGGAAAAGGCGGCCCGACACACGUUCGAAGUUGAUGUCUAGAUACACCGAGUCCCCAGACCAUUACUCUAAACACCUUCGAACACAGGCGAGCUGGGAUACAUGGCGUCGGGAGGCCUUACAAAUUCUGAGCAAGUAA